AUGGAAAAUUCUGAGAAACAUCAAAAGAUACAAGCCAUCCAGAUAGCCCAGAUAGCCCAAUCCAUCUCAAGAGCACAGGGAACAUUUCCAGGGAAGCCAGAUAUAAACCCAGUGGAACACUGCAACCGCAUUGAGCUGAGGAGUGGACGAACUUUGGGAGACACCCAAAUCAUUACUCAGAAGGAACCUGACUCAGAGAAAGGGCCCUCUCCCCUAAUGCCCAAUCAGACUCAAAAUAGGGACGGAGAGGAGAAGGAUGAAGAGUUCAACCGAUUCCUGAAGAAGAUCAAGGAGAUUUGCGUAGAAGUAUCACUGAUAGAUGCACUGCACCAAAUGUCGAAGUUCGCAAAGUUCUUAAAGGGUAUUUUAUCUAACAAGAGGCAAAAGGGCGACUUUGAGACCGUAGCAUUAAUAGAGAAUUGCAGCGCUCUACUUAUGGCAAAUACUCCACCAAAACUUCAGGAUCCAGGAAGUUUUUCCAUACCGUGCAAAAUUGGUUUUGAACUCAUACAGAGAGCUUUCUGCGACUUGGGGGCCAGCGUUAGCCUACUUCCAUACUCUUUAUGUAAGAAGCUGGGACUCCAGAAUAUUAAACUGACUACUAUGGUACUGCAAUUAGCUGACCAUUCAUAUAGAUACCCAAUGAGAAUAGUUGAAGAUGUUCUAGUAGAAGUGGGUGGAUGUAUCGUUCCCACAGAUUUAAUUAUUUUGGAUAUGGAGGAAGAUCCUAAGAUACCGAUCAUCCUUGGAAGACCAUUCCUUGCCACAGCUGGAGCCAUCAUUGAUGUGAAAAAUCACAGGUUAUCUUUGAAGAUCGGUAAAGAAAAGAUUGAAUUUGAUUUAUCUGAUUCCUCCAUCUGCAACCCCUCUUCUCAAGAUAAUUCUAGCAAGAUCAGCAUACACAAAGUUGAGGAGUGCAAUUUCCAUGAGAUUGAGGACCAGGUCGGGGAAGUAAUGGGUGAUCAGAAGACGACUCAAAAAUGCUAUGUGGAGAUAGUCAGGACUGAGGCCAAUGCCGCUCAGAAAAUGCAAAGAAUGGAGGUUAAUGCUAUUCAAGAGAGGCCACCUGUCCUGAUUUACGAGGAGAAGCAAGAGAUCUAG